AACUAUCGCAGUAGCAGAAGUAAAAAUUACUGCCAUAGAAGCUCACCAAAAAGUAGAUAAUUUAGCCUGCAAAACUAAACACCGCAAAAAAGAAUUAGAACACAAAUUAGCCACAGAGCAAGCCGAACGCGAGCGAGUAGAAAAAGAAAACCAAAAGAGAAACCAAGAAUUAGCCGAACAGUUAGAAGCCUUACGGCCAGAAAAGUUUAAAAAAGAAGCAGCUGAUGAGCAAGCCAAGAAACUACGAAAAUUUGCGGAACUAAAAGAAGAAAAACAAAAUUUAACAAGGAAACUUUUCUUCUGA